AUGGAAUCCCUCGCAGAAACGGAGUGGGAUGUAGUCAUCAGCGGCACUGGGCUUCAACAAUCCCUUCUCGCCCUAGCCCUCUCCCGCUCGGGGAAGAACAUUCUGCACGUGGAUGCCAACACCUACUACGGUGGCAAUGAAGCCGCCUUCUCGCUGCAAGAAGUCGAUGAAUGGGCCGCCGCGACGGGGAAUGUUGAGGUGACAAAGGCCGAGGGCGGGCUCUCGUUCCCGCGCGCGUACAGCAUUGCUCUGGCGCCGCAGAUUAUUCACACCAAGAGCGAGCUGUUGAGUCAGCUCGUCUCGUCCAAGGCGUUUCGGCAGAUCGAGUUCCUCGCUGUAGGCUCCUUCUACAUCUACGAGCCCGACAACGCGUCGCUCAACAGGAUACCGUCCACACGAGAAGAUGUCUUCUCCAACACCAGCAUCCCCGCCAAGUCGAAGCGGUCCUUGAUGAAGUUUCUCAAGUUCGUUCUCGACUACGAUGCCCCGCCUCACCGCGAGACCUGGACGCCCCAUGCCGACCUUCCGCUGCGCACGUUCCUGGCGCAAGAGUUCAAGCUUGAUGAACGCCUGCAGGCAGACAUUAUCACAUUGACUCUGAGCCUCGAUGGGAAUAUCACAGUGAAGGAUGGGCUGCGGAGCAUUCAUCAGCACAUGUCAUCCAUGGGUCUCUUUGGUGCUGGGUUUGCGGCUGUCGUCCCAAAGUGGGGUGGGCUGAGUGAGGUUGCGCAAGUUGGCUGUCGAGCUCUCGCGGUGGGAGGCGCCGUGUACAUGCUCGGUACAGGCAUCAAGUCUGCUCGCGCGAGUGAGCAGCGGAUUGACGUGAGUUUGUCGAAUGACAUUGAUGUCAAGACUAGGUUCCUCGUGAAAGAGACCGACGUCGAUACACCUACCAUGUCGCUUGCCAGACUCACAGCUGUUGUCCACUCUGACCUCUCAUCGCUGUUCGACGCCACUGUCGAAGGUGCCCCAUCACCAGUCGUCGCGGUGGUUGCAUUCCCUGCCGGCUACGCGAAAACACCUGACGGCACGGCUUCGGAGUACCCUAUUUACGCCAUGGUUCACUCCAGUGAGACGGGCGAAUGCCCCAAAGGACAAUGCGUCAUCUACCUCAGCACUAUGCCACAGCCAAAUGCGAAGUCCCUGCUCGACAACGCGCUGUCCUCGCUUCUUGGAGCCGUAGGCGAGGCGCAAGUGCCCGAAAUACUGUAUCGACUGUCAUAUACCCACCAUCAACGCGUGUCUCGCCCCUCAGAUUCCAAUGUUGUGACGCUGCCAACGCUACCUCUCGAUCUCGCCUUUAAUGAUGCCGCUUUGGCAAGUGUCAAGGCAGCAUGGGAGACUUGCACGGCAGAUGAUGACGGAGAGAAAGAGUACAUGGUGUUUGAGGACCGCGAGGGCGCAGAUAAUGAUGACUACGAAUAG